AUGAUCCCACCACUAACUGGCACUGUCAAAACAUGCUUCAGAUGCACAGAUGUAACCGAGAUGGGGUGUGUGUGUGUGUGUGUGUGUGUGUGUGUGUGUGUGUGUGUAUCAUUAUAUAAUACUCACUUGUUAAAUAAUUUGGGAGCUCUGAUUCAGAUGUUAGUUUUAAACUGCAUUACAUAUUGUUCAGAUAUUUUUAGGAUGCUGACCCCGGAAAAUAAACUGAUUUUUCCUCUACUUUUAGAUGGUCCGGUAGUCUAUGCGGCAUACUUAAAAACGGAGCACAGUGAUGAAAAUAUUAAAUUCUGGAUGGCGUGUGAAACCUAUAAGAAAGUUGCCUCACAGAGGAGCAGAACUUCUAGGGCCAAGAAGCUUUAUAGGACUUACAUCCAGCCACAGUCCCCUAGAGAGAUUAACAUUGACAGUUCGACAAGAGAAACCAUCAUCAAGAAUAUUCAAGAACCCACUCAAACGUGUUUUGAAGAGGCUCAAAAAAUAGUGCAUAUGAACAUGGAAAGGGAUUCCUAUCCCAGGUUUCUAAAGUCAGAAAUGUACCAGAAACUUCUGAAGACUAUUCAACCCAACAACAAUUCUUGACCACCACUCAAAAGUUUAAAUUGAAGAUGGUACACUGAAAGUCCUGGCUUUGUGCUUUUA